AUAAUUUUCGCCAUUAUUAUAGCCAUUAUCGCUUUUGGCGAAGGUGCGCCCACACCUAUUAAUACUUUGGUUAUCCGUAACGGCCCCGAAUUUAACAUUAUACGCGCGGCGGUUUACGCAAAAUCUUUCCCAAUAAUUAUCGAAACAUAUAUAAUUUUUGCUAUUAUUGCAAUAUUAAUAAUCCUAAAGGUAUUUGCCGAAACAAAUAAAGAAAAAAACAGGUACAUUUUUUUGGACGCGCUGGCCGAAAACUUCCCCGACACCGUCGAAUUUUUUCACCAAAUUUUGGGCGUGCUAUUCGCCGGCCGCGAUACCACGGUUUCGUUUAUUAAUUGGUUAUUUUAUAACCUCGCGCGCGACCCGGCCCGGUAUUUAAAAUUAAAAUCGGUACUAACCAAAACUGCGUACUUGGUCGUGAAGUUAUUACAACCAAUCGACCGGAUAAAAAAUUGGGAUUUAAAACAAAAUGCGAAAUAUAAUAUAACGGCCAUAAUAUGCUUUGGAACGGGAGUUAAAGUUAAAUUGCAUAUAAGGGGUGUUUAAAAAUAG